AUGGAGGACAAAGGGAACGUUCCCUACUAUAGGGGUCGGCAUGAAUACAAGGGAAUUGUGUAUCCCAACAUCGUCUUAGAUUCCAGUAUUGAACGACUUAAGUCUUUUCAAGUACGAGACGAUGACAUCUGGAUUGUGACUUUCCCCAAAGCCGGUACACAUUGGAUGAUGGAGAUUAUUGGCCUUAUCCUCAGCGGUGGGGACCCAGACAAAAUAGACCGAUCUCUAUACUGCAACACUGUAGAGAUGAUCAACUUAGAUCAACGUUUCCCUCAAACCGAGGAAGAAGAGAAGCUUCACCCACUUGACAUGUCUCCGUUCUUAGACGUUAUCGAGAGGGCGCCCUCCCCAAGAGCCAUGCUCACGCAUCUGCAGUUUGAUCUUUUACCACGUGACAUACUCAAAUCAAAGAUCGUCUACCUCGCCCGAAAUCCCAAGGAUUUGAUAGUAUCAUGGUUCCAAUUCUUCGGGAAGUUUCCAACAAAGCCACUGACCAUGGAAAAGUCGAUUGAAGAGUUUGUCGAUGGCAAAAUGCAAUGGGGUCCAUGGCCAGUACAUGUUCGAACGUUCUGGGAGCUUAAAGAUCACGAGAAUGUCACUUUUAUUUUCUAUGAGGAUCUGAAGAAGGAACCAGCAAAAUACAUAGAGAAAAUCGCCAAUGGCAUUGGUCACCCUCUGUCGGAGGAGGUUUUACAGAAAGUGGUAAAGUUUAGCCAUAUUGACUCGCAGAAAGCUACUUUCAAGAAAUUGGAGGAAAAUGGAAAAGUCAACUACGUGAAAGCUUCAGGCGAAUUAGCUUUCCUAAAUAAAGGAGUGAGUUAUCGUUGGAAGCAAUUCUUCACUGUAGCACAGAACGAGGCCUUCGAUGAAUGGUAUCAAGAUAAUAUGGCGGACACCGAUCUCAAGUUUACAUUCGAGUGAAUAAUCGCAGACCUCAAUGAAUCUGGAACUGAAGUUCGAAACAAUUUAUUUAGGGCUAUUUUUCACAAAACCCGUUUUUGGUUACACGUCUUUCGAUAACAUAUUGACCGCACAAUCAUAACCUCUCCCUCCGCCAGCCAGGGACUUCAAAAUCUCUUCUUGUAACCAACGAAAUUUUGAAUCGUUCCAAAACAAGAUUCCGUAAAAAAAUAACGGCACUGAAUUAUAUAAGACCUGGUCACAGCGCCAAAACUUAGCUUGAGCAUUCCUGCAGAGGUGAAAAAAUUCAUCACCGCUCGUCACCGUUUAGCAGAAGUUGGCUCCCGUGGACAGAGUCGAAUAUGCUCGGUGUCACAUGGGCGGACUCCAAAUAAAAUUC